ACAGGAGAGUGAGGGAAAGCGAUUUCUCGUCGUGGUGGCUCGUUUCGGCUGCGCUAGAUUCGUUAAUAUAUUUCUCGGAAUUCGUCCGCAGCCUCCCCGGAAUCGGAUCGAGUGGCAUUUCCCAACCGGAAGUGAGUGGAUUCUACCGAAGGGUGUUUGUUUUCGGUGCGGUGUGAGGCGCGAACCGCGGCAACUUUUCCCAAUAAGAAAUUCCUUGGGUUAACGAAAACUGCAAGUGAAAGGAAACCCACUACCGUGCACCUACACAGCGUUAUGGCGAGUGCGAUCAGGUUGCGACACUGAACGGACCUGUUCGGUUGUGAUACUUUUCAAGAAGAGUGCCGUUUUGUUAAUCCCCGAAUUAAUUAAUUCGCGAAAUCAGAGUGUAUUGGCCAGUUUGUUUGCACGCGAAAAAACUUCCCCGCCAAAGGGAAAGCACCAGCAGAACAGCCGCGCUUCAACGAAAUCCGAGUGGACAAGUGUGUAUAAUAAAUAAAUUAACACACUACCGCCGGCCCAACAUCUAUCUCACGGCGGAGCGUAAAAAUAAGAAGAAACAGGAUACCCCAUCAACAUCAGCAGCAGCCAUGAAGUCCGAAAUGGGCAGAAGUAGUAUCGGGCCCAAAUCCACGGCCGACGAGAAUUCCACAUCAUCGUCGGUCGGCGGCAGCAGUGCCACCAGUAACAGCAGCAACAGCAACAGUGCGGUCGUCGGGGAAGAUCUGAGCAGCAAUAGUGGAGGAGUAGUCUCCUCGAGCAGUAUCAAGUCGUCAUCGUUGAUUGGCGGUGUGGUGGGACUAACGUCACUGUCGCUGGGAGUCCCACAGCCGGCGCAUCAAGCCAGCAGCAUCAUUUUGACCCGAGCGUUCGCCUCCUUCGACGGCAUACACAGUGGUGUGCCCACCAAAACGACCCCCACCCUGACGCCGACCACGCUAAAAAACAUCGAGCAAACGUUUAUGGAACUGACGAACGAUACCUCGAGCAACAUUCCGUGCCAGGCCGGGUUCGUUCCGCCACCCUACAAAUUCGAGGACCACAGCCAAGACCUGGAGAAUAGCCGCGAGUCGAUGAGUUCGGUGUCGAACAGCUCCUGGCAGGUGACCCCGCCGCCCAUCAUUUCGGAGGACCUGGACUCGAAGUCCUCCAGCACUUCGUACGAGCGGGAAAUGACCGUCGCUCAGCCGCAGCUGCCGGCCGGCGUCGCACGUGGCGUUUCUCAAAUGGUGUCUAUGCCGCUCAACAUGGUGCAACAAAGUCCGUCACCUGCCGGCGGAAACCGCAAAACUCCAAGCCAACACUCUGAGUCCUCCACCCCUGCCACAUCUCGUCGCAACAUGGGUGGGCGUCGCCCUGCCAAAGCCAGCAACCUCUCACCCGAAGAAGAGGAAAAACGUCGCGUCCGCCGUGAGCGCAACAAACAAGCCGCGGCACGCUGCCGUCGCCGGCGUGAAGAUCACACCAACGAACUCGUAGACGAGACUGAUCUGUUAGAAAAGAAGAAACAAGCCCUCCAGGACGAAAUCAAGUCGCUACAACAGGAAAAAGAAGACCUAGAAUUUCUGCUCGAGUCCCACCGGGAGCACUGCCGCUUCCAAGGACGCCAAAGCCCACUGGAACGGAAACCUGUUUCCUUAGUCCAGCAACCCAUCAACACAGUCCAUCAGAACAUUAUCACGGUUAUCUCGGAUCACAAGGAACUUCCUACCAUGAAGAUCAAAGCGGAGCCGGAAGAAUACCUUGAACCACCAGCCAAAAAAUUAAUUCUCUCGACCUCCCACGGCGAUAGCCUUGAUACCCCGACGCCGACCAGCAUCGCGCCCGUCCUAACCAGUGUGAAUCUUCCGCGGCAGAUGCUGCCGGGCGCGGUUCCCAUGAGCGUUGCCAACGGACGCCCAGCACGGCCAGCCAGCCUGGACGUGAGGGCGACUACCGCCUUCCCGCUGCGCAACAUCACCUCGGACGCCGGCAUUGGCAUAUCGACACCCUCGAGCGGCCUCUUCAACUUCGAUAGUCUGAUGGACGGCGGUACCGGUCUAACGCCGGUCGCCGCCCCAAUCUCCCUCCAGGCGAAUCGUGGUCCACUGGAUCUGAUCACGCCCACCUGCAGUGAAUCGUCGAAGCUGUGCAGUCUGUGAGAAAGCCGCCAAACGAACACGGAACAGGAGGAACAUCAGGAAAAGCAAUUAAUGUUGACGUUUCUGCGAGAGCGUGCAUGCGACGAGAGAGACAGAGAGAGCCCAAGUCCUAUAUCAAAGAUGGCGUUGUGAUUUUAACUUUAAAGGUUCAUUUUUCUACACGUGGAAUAUUACAAAGACACAAAAGUCUAAAAAAUUCUAUCUAAGUGGUCGCCAUUUUGUAACUAGAUGUAGGAGUAAUUGUAUUUCAUUCAUUGGUUUUAAGUCUAUUAGCGUUUAAUUUUAGCCCAAUCCCAUCAAUUGGAAAAAGAUAACUAAAAAGAAUAUUUAUUAAUUUGUUUAUUUUUUAUUCAUCAAAACGAAUCAUUAUUUUAGUUUGUAACUAAGCGAAUAAAGAGAUGUAAAAACAUUCUUUUAAAAAGAAAACGAAAACGCAAAUGCUUUGGAUACUGUGCCUUUUUCCACCAGACAAAGAAUACCUUUUGAGUUAACCCUCUGACAGAAGUAAACACGUUAGGUUUUAGUAGUCGUAACCAUAAUUGAUAACCCGGGUAGAAGAAAAUAACAAAACAAUAUCAAGUUUUAAUCAUCAAUAUAUGAAUAAUUGAAUUACAAAACUUGAUAUUGGUAUUUGAUUUAAUUGCUUAAAUAACAAAACCAAUAACAGACAUUGCUCGGGUAAAUAACUCGAGAAUAACUAUUAUUUCUCAUUACAUCAACAAGUCAAUAGCUACCAACAUGUUGGCAUGUUGAAUACAUUGAUGAUAAAUGAAAAACAAAUCUUGUUAUGAUCGCAAAAUGUUUUAUAAAAUUGUUAUUUUGCUGUCUCGAAGUAUAACGAAGUAAUUUCUAGACUAGAUAUCAUAACAAAAUUUGUUAUUAUGAUUUUUUUGCUUUGUUAUUCCUCUCUACCCGGGUAAACAAUUUGAAAAAUUCAGUGCUAUCGCAAGUAUUAUAGAUCAAAAAUGAUUUCGCUAAUAACGAGCUCGCUCAAAUUUAGCCGCAAGCCCAUUGACGAAAAGUUUUUAACAUAUAGAAUAACGAAAGAGAAGUGAGUAAUGCAUAGAAGUGAACGAUACAGAACGCAAUAAUGCAGAAUUAUUUACAAUUUAUUUCAUCUACACGCGAUCGAACAAUUCGAACGGAAUUCUGAGGCGAAGUGUACACUUUUGAGAGGUCGCUUUUGGCUUUUUCUGGGUAUUUUUGUUACAAGGAAAUCGAAGAAGUACUGGCAACACAAGUGAUACCGAGCUCAAGAAUUCAGAGAAUAUCCGGAGAGUACGGUGAGCAGUUUAUACAUGCAGAGGUUGGGAACGUGAGAGCCAUAUUAUUGAUAAUAACGAAUACAAUUGAUACCAAAUAGCUGCUGCAAUAAGAAGAA